AUGAUCGGGUGGGAAGACAUUUACAAAGUAAUCACGGCAAUGUUUCCGCUCUACGCCGCACUGAUCUUAGGGUAUGGCUCGGUGAAGUGGUGGCACAUGUUCAAGCCGGACCAUUGUGAUGCAAUAAACCAGCUCAAUUGCUACUUCAUCAUGCCCCUUUUCACAUUCGACUUCACAACGCGCAUCAAUCCUUAUAAAAUGAACUUCCGUUUCCUAGCGGCGGAUGGCAUCUCCAAAGCCAUCAUUCUCUUAGCAAUAUACAUAUGGGCUAAGUUUAGUACCAAAGGAAACUACCCAUGGUCAAUCACAACCUUCUCUUUGUCUACAUUGAAUAAUACACUUGUUGUAGGUGUGCCCCUUAUGAGUGCAAUGUACGGCCCUUUCGGAGAGAACCUUGUCAUCCAAUCGUCGAUUUUGCAGUUUACGAUUUGGAUUAUAAUCCUACUGGUGAUGUAUGCGUUCCGGAGUGUAAACAAAUCGCUGGAUCAAGCAGUCACACCAAAUGAAUCGCCAACGGAUCUUGAAGGCAAUAUUGAGGCGGAUUCAAUACCGACAAGACCAUCUCUAUUGAUUCUAUUGAAGGUUGUUGGUGUAAAGCUUGCUAAGAACCCUAAUUCUUAUGCAUGCAUCCUUGGGCUUGCAUGGGCACUUGUAUCGAAUAGGUGGAAUUUGAAAAUGCCAAGUAUCAUAGAUGGAUCGGUACAGAUCAUGUCCAGAGCUGGUUCAGGCGUCGCUAUGUUUUGCAUGGGAUUGUUCAUGGCAUUACAAGAGAAGAUAAUAGACUGUGGUGCGACCCUAACUGCAUAUGGAAUGCUACUGCGGUUUGUGGUUGCACCAGCAACGAUGGCUGUCGGUUCUCUUGCUGUCGGUUUGCGAGGUGAUGUCCUUUGUAUUGCCAUUAUUCAGGCUGCGCUACCUCAAGCAAUUGCGUCUUUCGUUUUUGCCAAGGAAUAUGAACUCCAUACAAGUGUUCUUAGUACUGCGGUCAUCUUUGGCACCAUUGUGUCCAUUCCCGUGUUGAUUGCAUAUUAUGUUGUGUUAGACCUCUUGAGUACAUAAUAUGGACUGUCUGUUGGUGACAGUUACGUGUUGAUAGAAUUUGAUAAAGUAUGAAGAAUUUGUAACCAAUCGAUUCAGUUUAUAUCGAAAUUUACAAUUAUAGUUUAGAUCUUAUAGUAAAACUCAGUUCGGAUCGUUGCUGAUUCAUGGACUCGAUGCAUCACAUUUGUAAUCUACGUUGAUAAAACAUGGGA